UCUUCCGCUCCAGCUCGCGGCAGUAAACAUGGCGGGUGGCUAACGUUGUCUUUUUGUAGCCAUUCAGUCGGGAUUGCGUUCGUAUUCUUUUUCAGGACUCAAGCAGUACGCUUUAGUUUACAGUCGGCACCUAGUGCUGUGUGAGGAGGGCACCGCUCUCUGCAUUUCUUAAGUAAAUAAGAGGGUAAAAGAGACUCACUGCCAACAUGGGGCGCCGCUCAACCUCCUCCACCAAGAGUGGGAAAUUUAUGAAUCCCACCGACCAGGCUCGAAAGGAAGCCAGGAAGAGGGAGCUAAAGAAGAACAAGAAGCAGAGAAUGAUGGUGAGGGCAGCAGUGCUGAAGAUGAAGGACCCCAGACAGAUCAUCAGGGACAUGGAAAAGCUAGAUGAAAUGGAAUUUAACCCAGUUCAGCAGCCCCUUCUAAAUGAGAAGGUGUUGAGGGACAAGAGGAAGAAGCUACGUGAGACAUUUGAACGCAUUGUCCGUCUGUACGAGAGGGAGAAUCCGGACACUUACAAGGAGCUGCGCAAAUUGGAAUUAGACUAUGAGACCAAACGUGGCCAGCUGGCUCUCUAUUUUGACUCAGUCAAGAAUGCAGAGUCCGUGGAGGUUGACAGUAUCCCUUUACCAGAUAUGCCUCAUGCCCCCUCAAAUAUCCACAUUCAGGACAUCCCAUUACCAGGGGCUCAACCUCCAUCCAUAUUAAAGAAGAUCUCCACUUUUGGUAAAGGGCCUCUCUCAUCAUCUACUGGACCAGUGUUGGCAACAGUACCUGGUGUACCACGUUUACCUCCGGGGAAGAAGCCCCCUGGCCCCCCUCCUGGGCCUCCACCUCCACAGGUCCUCGCAUUGUAUGGCAUUCCUUCUCGACGAGUUUAUGGCACAGAAGAGCCUUCCAUUCCUGGUUUAGAGAAGGAUUCUUUGAUGGAGUUGGGAAGAGAUCAGGAUAGUGGCAGCGAGAGCGACCGAGAUCGGGAUGAUCUGGACGAUGAUGACAGUGACUCUGAAGAGGACAGUGAAGAAGAGAGAAAUGAAGGGAACGAUGGAGACCACAGAAUGAGUGUGGACCGGCAGGAUGAUAAGAGAGAAAGGGAGGAGGAUAGAGACAGAAAUGAAAGACAUGCUGGACGCAGUGUACGUUUCGCAGACAUGCCUGCUGAGGUACCCCGUGAAGGAAAGAAGAAGAAAAAGAGGCUGGUAAAGAAAACCAAAGCUAUCACCCCUCUGCAGGCUAUGAUGUUAAGGAUGGCAGGACAGUCAGUACCUGAAGAGGAGGAAGAAGAAGAGGUAGAGGAGGAAUACACAGAUGACUCAGACGGCUCAGACAUUGAGGACCGGGGACCACCAGGGGACAGUCAGCCCCAUCUCAUGGUCAAUCAGCGUUUACCCCCUCCUGGUGGGCCUGUGGGACAGCAAGGGCCUCCACACUUGCAAGGUCCACCAAUGGCUGGACCUCCACCACUGGGUCCACCCCCAGCUCCUCCCAUGAGGCCUCCUGGUCCACCCUCUGGCCCACCUCCUGGCCCACCACCAGGUGCGCCUCCAUUCUUGAGACCUCCUGGUAUGCCUGGAGGCAUUCGGGGUCCAAUGCCUCGUCUUCUGCCACCUGGACCUCCACCCGGUCGACCUCCUGGUCCGCCACCAGGCCCCCCUCCUGGCCUGCCUCCAGGCCCCCCUCCACGUGGACCCCCACCCAGACUACCACCCCCAGCUCCACCAGGUAUCCCACCUCCACCACCAAGAGCAGGAGGGCCCCCGCGUCCAUUAGCACCACCACCCUCCCUCUUCCCUCCACCUCUCACCACCAAUGUGCUCAGUGCUCCUCCCAGUAUUGUCCAGCGGCAAAAGGGCUCAGGACCCAACCAGGACGGUUCACAGAGCUUACCACCCCCUGCCAUGUCCAUGCGACCGGGUGUCAUGCAGAUGCCACCUCCCCCAGGAACAGCUGCUGCCUCGAUGGGAAACAAUCCUGGCAACAACCCCCCAGGCCACCACCACGCUGCCACAAUCGAAAAACGAGCCAACAUCACCUCAGUUGCAGCUGCAGGAGGUGGCAUGGCAGCGGGUGCUGGCUCUGGUGGGGCCACCAUCUCUGCCAAACCUCAGAUCAUCAAUCCAAAGACGGAGGUUACUCGCUUUGUGCCCACAGCACUACGCGUGCGUAGGGACAAGAGUGGGGCAAUGCACGGGGCAGCACCAGGGCCUCUGGAGAAAGCAGGUGGAAGUAUUGGAGGAAGAAGAGUAGAUGAGGGUAUUGGAGGUGGCCACGGGCAGAAACACCAGGCAAUGGCUGCUCCAAUGUCCAACCCAGCCCAGAUUGGUGCUAUGCCGCAGCCAAGCAUGAAGACUAAGGACCAGGUGUAUGAAGCCUUUAUGAGGGAGAUGGAGGGACUCCUCUGAGACUUGUGACGGCUUGAAGGGAAAUGUCCAGUGAGGCUCUGUGUUUUCUAUCCUCAAGGCAUUUGGCUCGAGCAGUAUGCCAGUGUUUCUUAAUCCUGGCCCUCUGGACCCACUGCUCUGUUCAGUUUAGAUGUUUCCCUGCUCCAACAUACCUGAGUCAAAUGGUCUGCUCAUGCAGGGCAGUGGGUCCCGAGGACCAGGAUUGAGAAACACUGUCUUUACCAAACCAAGCAAGGCUGUUCUAUUCUCAUCACUGGUCCACAUCAAGCGUAACCUCAUUUGAUUUGGAUUAUUUUUCUGUUGCAUCAAGAAACAAUGUGAACUUGGUUAACAUAAUCUGAUUAUGUAUGCCAUUGGGAGCAUUUAGGCUUGUUGCUAUUCCAUUAGGUUACCCAUUAAAAAAAAAUUAAAUACUGCACUACCAAGUGUUAUGACAUGUUUUUUUCCUCUGCCAACUGAUUGGCAUGACUAGAAAAUAGAUUUUUGUAUGACGUUUGCUGUCAACUCUAUAUUUUAUCAGUGAUCUCAGUUGUUGAACAGUGUGAAAUGUUUGUCAACAACUGACAGAAUACAUGUUUGAAACUGUUUGAAAUGCAGCUAAAUAAAUACUUCAGAAACCGUUUUUACUUCA